CCACCAGAGGGCGCCACAUCUUUGCCUCAAGGCUGGAAUUCAAAGGGGAACCUUUGAAAAAAAAAAAACAGGAAAUAGUUCAGAGAGAAAAACUCAUCAAGAAAACACGCAGGAUCAUCUGUGUCACCUCCCUUCAACCAAACUACCGACUCAGGUAGUUUGGUUGGCGACCAGAGAGAAAACUGGGGAACCAGACGCUGGAACACAGACUGCUGCUGGAGGAAAAACAAGGAAAUCAAAGUGAAAAUUCACUCAGAGACAAAAUGGCUUCCAGAUUAGAGGAGGAUCUCUGCUGUCCGGUCUGUCAGGACGUCUUUAAGGAUCCGGUUCUUCUGUCAUGUAGCCACAGCUUCUGUAAGGAGUGUCUGAAGAAAUGGUGGAGAGAGAAACCAUCAAGAGAGUGUCCAGUUUGUAAGACGAUAUCAUUCACCAGUGAUCCACCACGUAAUCUGGCUCUGAAGAAUCUGUGUGAGUCUUUCUCCCAGCAGAGAGAGCAGAGAGCUUCAGAGGAUCUCUGCAGUCUGCACUCUGAGAAACUCAAACUCUUCUGUCUGGACCAUCAGCAGCCAGUGUGUCACAUCUGCAGAGAUUCAGAAAAACAUACCAACCACAGAUUCAGACCCAUCGAUGAAGCUGCUCAGCAACACAAGAAGAACCUUCAGGAAACUCUGGAGCCUCUAAAGAAGAAGCUGGAGCUCAGGAAGAAAGUUCAGGAGGAGUUUGAUCAGACAGCAGAACACCUGAAGGUCCAGGCCCGACACACAGAGAGGCAGAUUAUGGAGCAGUUUAAGCAGCUUCAUCAGUUUCUAGCAGAGGAAGAGGAGGCCAGGCUGGCUGCACUGAGGGAGGAAGAGGAGCAGAAGAGAGGGAUGAUGAAGGAGAAGAUGGAGGCUCUGAGCAGAGAGAUAGCAGCUCUUUCAGACACAGUCAGAGCCACAGAGGAGGAGCUGAGAGCUGAAGACGUCUCAUUCCUGCACAACUACAAGGCUGCAGUGGAAAGAGUCCAGCGCUGCCCCCUGCUGGAGGAUCCACAGCUGCCCUCAGGAGCUCUGAUAGACCAGGCCAAACAUCUGGGCAACCUGGCCUUCAACAUCUGGAGCAACAUGGAGAACAUGGUGACCUACACUCCUCUGGUUCUGGACCCAAACACGGCUGGUCCAGGACUCCAUCUGUCUGAAGAUCUGACCAGUUUGACUGCAGGAGAGAAACAGAAGCUUCCUGAUAAUCCAGAGAGGAUUGGAUUAUGUUCUGUUCUGAGUUCUGAUGGUUUUAACUCAGGGAACCACAGCUGGGAUGUUGAUGUUGGAGACAGUGAAUACUGGAUACUUGGUGUGUUAGAAGAAUCUGUUCAGAGGAAGGGAGCCAUAAAGUCUGGUUGGUUGUAUAUAUGGUUCUAUAAAGGUGAAUACUCAGCACAUUCUCCAUCAGCUCCUUCCACUCGUCUCUCAGUCCAGAAGAAUCUCCAGAGGAUCAGAGUGAAUCUGGACUGGGACAGAGGAAAGCUGUCCUUCUCUGAUCUGGAUACUAACACACACAUACACACCUUCACACACACCUUCACUGACAAGAUGUUUCCAUAUUUCUACACUAAUAAAACAUUAAAGAUUCUACCGAUGAAGAUCUCAGUGAUCAAACAGCAGCUCUGAUGAUCUCAGCAUGAAGAACAAAAAGUCCAAAUGAAACAUUAUUGAUCAGAUGAUUGAUUGGUUUUAUUAUUGAUGGUUUGGUGAAUUUCUUAAUUUCAUUUUUAAAAUCUGUUUUUAAUCAGGAAACUGGAGAUGAUCUGAUCAUCUGGGGACUUUUUCAUUUCUUUCUGUGUUUUCCACUGUAAUGUUUUAAAUGUUGUUUAUUAUUUACAACUUGAUGUAAAUAAAUUACUAUCAGAUGAUUGAAAGCAUAAUGAGAAGCUUAAUAAAUGUAUUAGUAGCUAAUAAGAGUGUAUUUUGUUUUUCAACAUCACCAAAAUCUUGCAGUGAAUUGAUGUGGAUAAAUUACAAUAAUUUCACUCCUGCUAGUUUUAUUGUUAUUUGUUUAUUCUAAGUUCUGUAAAUUCCCACCAAGUUAAAACUAUUUGGGUUACAUGUAGAAAGUUGGACGUUGUUUUUCACAGCUGCAUGUGAACCAGUUUGUUUCCCAGGCUUUGGAUCUUUUAUCUCUUUUGUAUAAAACUCUUUUCAUCCAGACCUGCUUCAUUACUGAUUGUCCUACAAUCUCUCUGUAUUGUGUAAAUAUAUGAAUAAACCUGAUUGAGUGAUUUCACCUGAA